AUGAGCGAGCAUCAGAAGCAACAACAAUUAUUUCCAGAUUAUUACUCUUUCUCGUUCUUACAAAAUGACCAUGAGAGUAUAUCCCCCAGUUCGAUAGAUCCUUACCCAUAUUAUGAUGAUAACAAUAAUAAGCGAAAUGCCGUUAAUCAUCAUAAUGAAGUGGUAUUACAUUUCACCACAUUCAAUGAGAAUACUAAGAACAUCAAUGAUAAUGAACAAUUAGUAUUCUAUAGUGCCAGUUGUAGUAGUAAUAGCACCAACGAGUCAAUUUUAAUUCAUACUCCGUUAUCUUCGUCAAUUAUAGCAUCAAACAAUUAUUCUGCUGUGACCAAUAACAAUCCUAUUGUUAAUAUUUCUUCGAUACCAGAUUUUUCGAAAACUCGAUUAAUACCCGUAAUCGAGAGUAAAGAUGACUCAUAUAUCAAUUACCAAUCAUUACAAAAAAGACCAACCACCACCAAAACACAGCAUUUACGAGCAUUACACGAGAAAGAGGAUUCGAUUAGUGUAAUGACUGAUAUCGAUGAUGAUUACGAUGAAAAUCGUAGCAUCAGUGAUACCCCUCCUAUGAAGUCAGAGGAUAACAACAUUGUCAAUAAAAAAUUUAACGAUGAUUGGCAAUUGCGAUUCGUUGAUAGUCCCGAGGAUGGUGUCAUCGAAAGGUUCAACACGGCAAGAAGGAAUACAGUAAGCAUCUCAAAGGGAAUUAGUGCUACUAGGGUUGAAGAGAGACUGCCGUAUGUUAUGCUGAAUAUCGAGAAUUAUAAUUGGCGGGAUUGUGUAGAUGUUGGACUAGAAUGA